CUACUUCUUCUGCUGCGAUGUUGUUUUGGGUCGACCUUAGAUCCAAUGUCCUGGGUGGUGAUCCGAACAAAGGAUCCGCUUCGGGAAAGUCGUAUUCCUGGUCAUAAUGUUGGGACUCACUCCCUGGAGCAUUUCUACACUGCAUCUUCUGAAUUUCAUAACUUCCCAGAGUUUAUGGUUGUGGGGAUGGUGGAUGGUGUUCAGAUGGUUCACUAUGACAGCAACAUCCAGAAAGCGGUGCCCGAAAAGGACUGGAUGAAGCAGACAGACACAGAGUUCUGGGAGAAGGAGAGAGAGAAUUUCUUUUAUUCCCAGCAGUCAUUCAAAGCGGAAGUCGCUAAUCUAAAGCAGCAUUUGAACCAAAGUGGAGUCCACAUUCUCCAGUACAUGUAUGGCUGCUCACGGGAUGAUGAGACUGAACAGACAGAGGGGUUUGGACAGCUGGGUUAUAAUGGGGAGAACUUCCUUGAGUACGACAUGAAGACAUUAACUUGGAAAUCUCGUAAACCGCAAGCUAAUUUCAUGCAGGAUGAGUGGAACAGUGACAUCAGUAGACUGGGCUUCUGGAAGAACUACUUCUCCCAGACCUGCAUUGAUUGCCUGAAGAAGCAGGUGGACAAUGGGAAGAGCACUCUGAUGAGGACAGUCCCUCCCUCAGUGUCUCUGCUCCAGAAGACCCCCUCCUCUCCAGUGACCUGCCACGCUACAGGUUUCUACCCCAGUGGAGUCAUGGUGUUCUGGCAGAAAUAUGGAAAAUACCAACAUGAAGAUGUGGAGCAUGGAGAGAUUCUCUUCAACGAUGAUGAAACCUUCCAGAAAAGCACCCACCUCACAGUGACGCCUGAGGGGUGGAAGAACAACAACAAGUAUCAGUGUGUGGUUCAGGUCACUGGUAUCAAGGAGGUCUUCAUCAAGGUUCUGACUGAGUCUGAGAUCCAGACCAACUGGAAGGACCCAUCCCCCAACAUUGUCCUCCACAUUGGAGUGGUGGUUGCUCUCCUCCUGGUUGUUGUUGCUGUUGGGGUCAUCAUUUGGAAGAGUAAGAAAGGGUUUGUUCCAGCCAGCACUUCCUGACUGGGACAACUCUGGGCAAGGUUUCCUGAAGAUUUGAGAAACCUCUGCACCUCUGCUUCUGUUACAUCAGACUAAGCCACUUAAGAUGUCCUCAUAUUAAUGAGCAAACUAGAGAUACAACUACUACCACACUGGAACAUACUGCUUACUGUUUGGAAUGUGUUUAUGUGUGUAACCUCUCUUUUCUCAUGUGUUUUAGGAAGCAACAAACUUCUCAAAAACAUGACAUAUACGUAUACUUACACAUCAGUCACACACACUCCAUAUACAGUGCCUUGCGAAAGUAUUCGGACCCCUUGAACUUUGCGACCUUUUGCCACAUUUCAGGCUUCAAACAUAAAGAUAUAAAACUGUAUUUUUUUGUGAAGAAUCAACAACAAGUGGGACACAAUCAUGAAGUGGAAUUACAUUUAUUGGAUAUUUCAAACUUUUUUUAACAAAUCAAAAACUGAAAAAUUGGGCGUGCAAAAUUAUUAAGGACUGCAUUUUACUUUCUACUUAAACUGUUGCUAAUGAGGUUACUUGACCUUUUAGUAGGCUAAAGCAUUUGACUGAACCUCUUCAAGUUACUGAGUUGUCAAGUCACAGCUCUCAUCCCACUUUAAAGAGCAAAUUAAAGUCAAGGUUUGUAUUUGUCACGA